CUCGCAACCCCAAGUAAGUUGCAAAGGAAGAGCCUAAAGCUUCACGAGCCAGCCUACGACUCCCAAGCUCCAAGAUGGAGGACAGCAAAGGCAUUUACUACAAACCUCACCAGUUUCCAUCAUUGCCGAUCAAGCAACAAGCUCAAGCAUGAACUCUCACAACAACCUUACUUUUCGACCCAAGGAGACUAACACCAGUCAUUCUGAGCGUCAAUUGGCCCAAGAUGAUCCGAAGGAUGAGGGGAGUGGAACUUCAGCUCCCACGCUCCCAGGCGACGACAACGAAGGCGAUUCAGAUGAUCUUAUAAUCCGCCAAGAAUUAUUCGCUCACCUCGCUCAUGAGAUCUUCAGUGAACUCAAAAUUGAUACAAGACUGUCGUCGACAGCAAUUGAGGCGCUUCAGAAGGGAGCUGAGGCGUGGCUGGUCAUGAUCUUUCAAGAUGCGAACCUCGAAGCUAUCAAGAACCACAGAUUCACGGUCCAGGCAAGAGAUAUGGAGGUCGCUCAGUUUGUCAUGAAGUAUGGACGAGAUGCAGCUCAUGAGGCGCAGGGAUGAUCCAAUUUCUUCUUCUAUUUUCCCACCACGGGUGUUUCAGAUAAAUGCUUGUUUACUGAACGUGGCGAUUUUAGACAAGAAAAUACAA